AUGACCCAGUCCUUACCAUCGCCAUCGGACACCUGCAGCAACUGGAGCAGCAGUUGCAGUGACUUUGGAGCCAGUAGCUCGAGCUCUAACACAGCCUGCAUGACCAGUGCAUACUCGGACUGUUACUCGACUGCCAGCCUUCCUGUGGGAAGAGAGUCGCGGAACCACCAACAGCGGGAAAUGCCCGGCGCUCUGCUCCCAAGCUCUGCCACAGAUGGGUCUUCAUUUGAACAAUAUGGUGGCCGCAGAUCAACGCCCGUCACAUCUGAUGGGGAGCUGAAGCCACACAGCCCCACGAACAACCCUUGUCGAAGGCGCUAUGCCACCGAAGAUGACUGGCGAGGCCAAAAGGACAGGAUAUCCUCUCUGUAUCUGACCAAGCGGCUGAAAGAUGUAAUCGCCGUGAUGGAGACCCAAUAUCAGUUCUUUGCCACGGAACGAAUGUACAAGGCGCGGUUCAAGGAGUGGGGUGUUGAAAAGAACGUUACAGCGGCAAAGGUUCACAAGCUGAUGCAGAGGGUGGAGGAGGAGCAGCAGCGGAGGAGCCCAUCGGCAUCUGCUGGAAGGGCCAGAAACGAGAGAGUGGUAUUGGACGUCGGCGAGGAUCUGGACGUCAAAAGGAUCCAGAGGUAUAUGAAGCGUAAGCCCGUAGGGCUGGGAAAGCUGCGGCCAGCGUCCAAGAGGUCGCUGGAGGUGAUCAAGGCCCUUUCGGUGGACAGCGGAAAAGGAAGUUCUGGUCGAGGAAAGGUGUCCAUCCCCGCGGUAAAGCUGGAGCAACAAAAUCAGCCAAACUCGCCGGAGUUGUGCCUGCCAACCUUGGCCUCGCAGUGGUCACCAGGGCCGGAGCUCCCUGACGAAGUCGUUGGACUUCUCCAAGCCUUCAUUGACAAUCAUUUUGACUGUCCCUAUCCCUUCACACCAAUGCCAACCCCGACAUUCCCGCCGUUAACGUCGUCCAAAUGGCAGCCUCAAAGCCACAAUCAACUGAACACAAUCGAUCCGUUCAUACCGUCAGUCGGACAAGUAUCUCGGCAGGAUGAGACGAUGCUGGACUUUGUGCUCAAGUUUCGCAUUGCACACACCCUCCUCGACGACUGUCUGACAAGCGAAGGCAUGCACGCGAUGAACGCGUGCCUUGAGUCUUUGGCAUUCUGCAUACAGCAGGCCCAGAACACAAGUCCGAUGGACACGAGGCCGGCAACCGGGGUGAUUCUGUGGGCUUUGUCGGCAGCGUCAGACAUGAUGAGCGACUUCAAGCACACCAAGAAGCUGGUCUUGCAAAUGCUUUUGCAACGGAUAACGGCGUUCUGUGUGGGACACCAGCCCACAAUGGCAGAAUUGGCAAGGCGAAUGUGCCAACUCAGACCCUCCGGGCAAGUGACAAUGUUGAAGUUCGCACGGUAUUCGAUUUCUCAAGCAAUGUACAUUGCUUCCGAAUACCAGCCUGCAUUCGAAACAUAUUCCAAGACAUUGAGCAUUUCCGAGAGCCGACUUUCGCCGGUAGAAAAGCUCCAGGCGCUUCAAAGACUUGCAAACGACCCGAUAGUGCAUGAUUCCCCAAUUCUGGGAGCGUGGAUGGAGGCGCGCAUCGCUCUGUCGGUCCCUGACGCGUCUUCGCCUUUCAUUGAGUCCCUCGGGUCAUAUGGUACAACCACGUCGCCAGCCUGGCACGCCCGGGGACACAACAGGAUGGCGGAGGUCCUUGGGGCAAUGGCUGGGAGAGUCGAAUGGCACAAGGCGGCGGGCAACUGGCAACUGGUACAGCAUCUGGAGAGCCGCUCUGGGUCAAUUGCUCAGAUGGUGUGGGGGCGCACCGAUGAUGCUGCCCAAGGUUCGGGAGGACCACUCGACAUCUGGAGCUCUCCUGAGCCGAUGACGAGCUCCCUGGAACCGGUGGAGCCCAGUAUGUUCCACGUGGCGCUGCCUGAGGGUGCGCUCAAGAUGAGCCAUCUGAUGGAUGAGAUCCCAGGAUGGGGAGAGCAGCCACAGCUGCAGCCGCAGCCGCAGCAGCAGCAGCACCAAGGCCAGGUGCCAGUGCAAUGCGAACCUUCGUCGACUUCCGUGUGGAACGCAACAGAUUCAAGUCAAUGGCAGUUGGAUACCAACUUUGAAAGCGACUGUGGGAUGUACGAUGGAUUAUAUGGAGAAUGGGAUGAGAGUUCUGGUCUUAUGGAAUUGGGAGUUCCGGAGAAGAUUAAGCGGCAAGGCGGAAGGGGAAAGGGAAGAUCAGAGGAAUGGUAG